GUGCCCUGCGCCGUUGGGGGCGCGGCCGGUGUCGCUGGCGCUGCGGCAGCGGCGGCUCCGAGCGGGGCCCGGCCCUGUCCGGCCCUGUCCGGCUCCUUCUCCCGGCCCCGCCCGGCCCGGUCCGGCCCGGCCAUGGCGCUGCUGCGGGCGGCCGCGCUGCCCGCCGAGGGCGGCCCGGCCUGGCUGCCCACGCACGUCCAGGUGACGGUGGUGCGGGCCCGCGGGCUGCGCUGCAAGGGCGGCGGCAAAGGCAAAGCGGGCGGCAGCGACGCGUACACCGUGAUCCAGCUGGGCCGCGAGAAGUACAGCACGUCGGUGGCCGAGAAGAGCGGCGGCAGCCCCGAGUGGCGGGAGGAGUGCGCCUUCGAGCUGCCCGCCGAGCCCGGGGCCUGCGCCCAGCUGCUGCUCACCGUGAUGCACCGGGCGCUCGUGGGCAUGGACCGCUUCCUGGGCCAGGCCCUGGUGCCGCUGGAGCCCGCCCGCCUGCGCGGCCGCGAGCCCGACCAGCGGUGGCACAAGCUGCACUCCAAGGCUGGGAAGAAGGAGAAGGAGCGAGGUGAGAUCCUGGUGAGCAUCCAGUUCACACGGAACAGCCUGACUGCCAGCAUGUUCGACCUGUCCGUGAAGGACAAGGCGCGCUCGCCCUUCGGGAAGCUGAAGGACAAGGUGACAGGCAAGAAGAAGUACGACCUGGAGUCGGCCUCUGCCAUCAUCCCCAGCAGCAUGGGAGCCCUGGACGUGGAGGACGACUUGGAGCUCGGGGGCAAGAGGUCCAAACUGAAGGGCUUCUUCCUGAAGAACAAGCUGCGCAAGUCGUCCCUGACGCAGUCCAGCACGUCCCUGGGCUCCGACAGCACCAUCUCCUCUGCCAGCCUGAGCCUGGCAGCCACCGUGCCCGAGGUGGCCAAAUCCCCCAGCAGACACGGCAGCCUGACCACCGAGCGCUCUGGGAAGGAGCUGCCGGCCUCGCCGAAGCCGAGCCACAAGAGAGCGUUCAGCGACGACGUGUCCCAGCUGAGCGCCGGGCCGGAGCCCCCGCCGAGCCCCCGGGGGAGGAAGGAGCCCCCCUCCCGCUCGUCCCUGUGCAUCAACGGCAGCCACGUGUACGGGGAGGAGGCAGCCCCCCCGCCGCCCACCUCUGCCCCGCUGCCCGUGCCCCGCAGGCACGACGAGCCUCUCGCCCUGGCCCCGCUGCACCCCGAGCCCCACGAGCUGCCCUGGGCGCUGGACAGGGCUCAGCAGCGGGACGAGCCCAGGUUCAUCCCGUCCCCGCCCAGCCUGGCCCUGCAGGAGGAGCUCAAGGUGUCCACCAAGGCCGUGACCCUCAGCAACCACCUGGGCAGGGCCAGGAUGGAGGAGAGCAGCCGGCUGGAGGGCAGGCCCAGCCCGGCCGCGGCUGCCCCGGCCUUCCCCAAGGACACGGCGCCCGAGGACGCCAGGAAGGAGGACAAGAAGGCCAAGGGAGGCUUCUUCCACCACGGGGGCAAAGGCCAGGGGGAUAGAGGGACCCCCGUCCACGCCUCGGCCGCGGGGGAUGAGAGGAGUAAGAGCAGCGGCUGGUUUGGCUCCAAGGAGCCCAAAGAGUCCCCUCAGAAACCCAGUUUCCCGCCUGGGCCGCGUGCUGCGCCAGAGGUCGCUGGGAGCUUUUAUUCCUCUGAGGAUUGCAGUCCCUCUGCCUCCCCAAGGCAGGCUGACCCCGAGGGGGAGUCUCCAGCCCAGAGCGUUGGUGUCCCCGUGCCAGAAACCACUCCCCCAGCACCGGGAGAGCUCCCUCCUGCCGACAGCGAGCCCGCCGUCCCCCCGCUGCCCUCGGAGUGGGACGAUACCUUCGAUGCCUUUGCCACCAGCAGGCUCAAACCAGAGCGCAAGAAGGAGAACUUCUUUGCCUCGGUGGCAGCAGAGGGCAUGGCUUUCAUCGAUGACCCCGACAGAGCCAGCCCGACGGAGAGCUCAGCGGGGCCGCCCUGCCGGAAGGGCUCCAAAGUGUUCGAAAACGCCCCUGAAAUCCCUGCAGCUCUCCGCUCUUGGACAAAUUUCUCCACUUUAGACGUGGGGGCCAACCUGGUGAGCACCACCCAGGAGGCCACGGUGAUCGAGGACGUGCUGAGCCCCGUGUCUGCAGGGUCCAUGGCCAGGAGGAGGAAAAGCAGCACGCCCACGGUCUGGACAGCCGCGUUCGCCUCGGGCAACCCCGGGGACAGAGAGGCCUCAGCAGCACUGAGCACCGACAGCAGCGCUAGGGAGGAAGGGGACAGCGGCGAGGAGGAGCCCAGCAGCACGGGGACGAACGGCUGGAUGACCAUAGCCACGGAAAGCGCCGCCGAGCCCUCGGAGAGCGCCGGGCAGCGUGCGGCUCCCCAGGGCCCCUUCGGCCCGCGCCCGCCCUUCCUGGGCGAGGGCACCUUCGAAGGGCAGAGCUCCUCCCGUGCCGCCCACCGUGUGCUCCCCAGGAGCUCCUUCCCCCCCGAGGCCCUGCCCGGCGGCGCCGUGGCGGCCGUGCCCCCGCGGGUGCUGGGGGACGUGGCGGGGCGGAGGUUCCCCGAGGAGCCCGGGGCCGGCCGGGAGGACACCCUGGACAUCCGCAGCUCGGUGUUCCGCCUGCAGGCCAGCAUGCGCCUGGAGGCCAGCGACGGCCUCCUCAAGUUCAGCUCCGACAUCCGCGAGAGGCACAUGGUGCUGGCCCCGUGGGCAGCGCCCCAGGGCCACCAGGAGCCACCGCCCGGCCUGGCCCUGCCGCCCCCCAAACCCCCCCGGCGCUUCGCAGCCGUGGGGGACGGCGAGGAGGAGGAGAAGGAGCCUGGUGGCACCCAGCAAGGCAAACAGGAGCCAUGGGAAGACUCGGAGGGCCCAAGAGCAGAGAUGGAGUUGGCAGGGAGCCGUGGGAGCGGCGAGCCCUCCGUGGCAGCUCCUCCCAGCCUGCCCACACCGGGAGAGGACGCCGCUGAGGCCGGGAGCGAGAUCCCAGCGUCUGAGCGUGCCAGAGCUGCUGCUGUGGACUCAGGAGCUGGCUUGGGGACAGGGGACACCCCUGUGGGGGAGCAGCCAUCAGAGAUGAAUGACACAGAUGUGGCCGAGCAGUUUGAGACUUGCACAUCCAAGUUCUCCCUGGAUGGACUGGACCAGUCGGGUGCUGAGGAGAGCUGGAGCCAGCCCCGUUUAUCCCCUCAGGGGGCCACAGACACUGCCAAGUGGGAAACAGCCUCCAAGCAGGAGCUGUUCCCUGAGGAGCUCAGUAUUUCAGGACUAAGCCCACCUUCCAAGCUAGACCUGGGCCAGCCGAGCAGCUGGGCAGCUCUGGAAGAGCAGGAGGCAGCUGGGCAUCCACACCCUCAGCCCCAAAGGUCAGAAUGCAGGCAGAGUCCAUCCCAGCUGGAGCUGGCGUGCCUGGAUGGUGAGGGGCGAGCAGGAGAGCAGCCCGAGCCCCGUGCCCCUCCCGAGGAGACAGAGCAGGGCAGGACCCCCACCAGCGAGCAGCCCGAGGGGCACUGGGCAGAGAGCAGGGUAGACUUCAAGAAAGCCGAUUUCUGGAAGCCAGAUAGGGCAGAGAGGCACACACAGGGAGCUUCAGCCCUGAGAAACCCCUUCACCCUGGCGCUGAGCCCGAACUCCCCGAGCAACCCCUUCGUGGAGAAGCCCCCAGCCCCUGUCCCUGUGCAAGCCGUGCUGCCCGAAAAGCUCGAGCAGGGCGACUCCAGCUUCCGCAGCCCGCAGGAGGAGCCCCCCGGGCACGGCUUGCAGCCCACUAACGCUACCCCCCUGCAUGUCAGCCAGCCCCUGGCCUCCUCCACCCCUUUCCUCGUGGCUGCCACUAACCCCGAGCCGUGUGGCCCCCCCCGGCCCCCCGCGGGGGUCCCCGCCAGCCGCGCCGCCGCCCGCCCGCGCCCGCAGCCCGCGGAAGCUUCGGCGCUCCUGGUUCUGCCCAGGGAGACACGGCCGGCUGAGGAGCCCCGUGGCCAGCAGAGCACCAGCCCCCACCCCGUGAAGCCCCUGAGUGCUGUGCAGGAGGGCUCCAGCGAGAGGAAGCAGCAGCACAGGGCCAGCCUGAGCUCGGCGCUGAGCAAUGGCCUGGAGAGGCUGAGGACAGUGACCACGAGCAGCGUCCAGCCCCUGGCGCCCUCCCAGCCGGACAAAACCGAGCCCAAGCUGAAGCAGGACCCAGCCCAGCUGGACCAGUCGGCCAAGUAUUACCACCUGACCCACGACGAGCUGAUCCAGCUGCUGCUGCAGAAGGAGGGCGAGCUGAGCAAGAAGGAGGAGCACAUCCAGGAGCUGGAGAACUACAUUGACCAGCUGCUGGUGCGCAUCAUGGAGCAGUCCCCCACGCUGCUGCAGAUCCCCCUGGGCGGGGGCCAGGCCCCGUGAGCCCGCCGGGGCAGCAGCACCCAGCAGAGCUGUGCCCCCCGAGCACGCUGCCAACGCCCCCCAGCCCUCCUCCCACCCGAGGCCUGCAGUGGCUUCUGUCCCCAGAGUUAGCAGGGAGGGUCACCUGCUCCUUCCCAGCCCAAGCUUAGCCCAGCUCGGCUCCAGGGAGCUGUAGGGUGGUGGGAGCACCCUAUGGGGAGGAGCAGAGCCCUCCCCACGAGGCAGUUCCAUUGCUGUGACCGAGUGCCACCUCCCGGGCACUCCUCCUGCCACCUCCCGGGCACUCCUCCUGCCAGAGCUUUAACUGACCCCUGGAUAUCCAAGAGCUGGAAACCAUCUCCUCGUGACUUCAUCCUGCUGCUGCUCCUCUGCCCGCACUCCUCCUCUCUGCCCUGAGGGUGGUGUCCCCUGGCUGCUGGGUGGUGUUGGGCUGGCGGGUGACACUGGGGACACUGAGUCCCAGUGAGGCUCCCUCAGCACGUUCCUGGCCAGAGCCUGUGGGACGCCCCUUCCCUCCCGCCCCAGUUACCCCCAGUGAAGGGUGAAGAGCCAGCUCCAGUUUGUGCCACUCCCUCACCACGCCUGUGGGAGAUGCUCCACAAAGGGACAGCGCCGGGCCUGGGGUGGUGUCAGAGCCUGGCUGGGCCAUGCUGGCUCUGUCACAGCACCAGUGCCAGGGUGACACUGCCUGGACUGGGAAUAUGGCAAAGGGAACACGGGCUGGUGUCCCAGCAGUGCUGCAGGAGAUCCUCUGCACGCCCCACCCAGCAGGGACCAGGAGUGCAGAAUCCACACUGAAUUCCACCUCAGUAUUCCAAGGAAUGCCUGCUCACAGCUGCCCCACCCUGCCUGUGCCUCAUCUGUCCAGCACAGCCAGAAACUGCCCCCAGAGCAAGCCUGGGGGGUCUGACCCCUCUGCAGGGCCCCUGUGGGGUCAGGCACCCCAAACCCUCCUGGCACAGCCCAGAAUUCCCAAAUCCUGGCAGGGCAGUGCCCAGCCUGCUCCCCUGAUGGCAUCCACACGCUGGGACCAGCUCUCCAGGGCAGUGCCCAGCCUCAGGGGCAGCUCUGUCCCUGCUGGCCCCUGAGUGACCUCCCAAAGAUGUAGCAGCGUGAGACCGCGACUCUUUUCUUUGUUCCAGUUGUAAACUUGUCUGUUGCAAUUUUCAUCAAAUUCAGUAUAUGAUUU